AACCAGUUCAGCGCUAAGUCUGGUGAGAUCGUUGGCAACAUAAAGGAGCAUCACAAGCAGAUCAAUGACAUCCAGACGUCCCGCGACAAGACCAUGUUUAUCACCGCCUCCAAAGACAACACUGCCAAGCUCUUUGAUGCCACAUCGCUCGAGCACCUGAAGACCUUCCGCACAGAGCGCCCGGUUAACUCUGCUGCCCUAUCCCCCAUCUAUGACCAUGUGAUUUUGGGCGGUGGUCAGGAGGCCAUGGAUGUGACCACGACUUCGACCAGAAUUGGGAAGUUUGAGGCCAGGUUUUUCCAUUUGGCGUUUGAAGAAGAGUUUGGGAGGGUUAAAGGUCACUUUGGACCAAUCAACAGUGCUGAAUUCCACCCUGAUGGCAAGAGUUACAGCAGUGGCGGUGAAGAUGGCUACGUGCGAAUCCACAGCUUUGACCCCCAAUACUUGGAGUUUGAAUUUGAAGCUUGA